AUGAAGCAAUAUCAAGCGCCUUUAUAUUUAAAAGACCUCGAUGAACGAAUCGAGGAGGAAGAUCGUGUGGAAGUAACGCCUGUGAAGAAGAAGAUCGACGACGAUCGAAAAGAUGAUAGGCGUAAAAAGGAAAAAAUCACCGUUGAAUCACUGUUCAAGGCUGAUCCACCAUUGUCGGAAAAACCGACGGCAACUGCCGAUAGCGCAGAACCGUCUCAGGCGCCAACAGUUUACUCAAAUGCCAUACCACCAGUGGGAGAGCCAGCAAGUUCGAGCCUCGUCACAGCAAUGUAUCCUUCGAUUCGACGGCCGGUAGUCUCAGUAGUCAAUCGGGUUAGUAGUACGAACAUUUGA